UCGAAUUACUCUGAAUUCAUUGCCUGGUCUUGUUUGCUUCUGGCCUUUAGCUUCCUCUUCCCACGGUUGGAAGCAGAAGCAUCGGUAGAGUCCCUGAAGUACACCACUCGAAACGUCUGAAACUGAGAUGCAAACCAGGGGGGGUAAAGAAGGGUCUUGGAACUGACAACAGCCAAUGCAGAGGAGGGGACAUGAUGGGGAAAGGAGGGGAUGAUGGGCUGAGGACUGUGGAUUGCUUGAGGGGGAGGCUGCUGGCAGAGAGAGUGGCCUCCAAGGCUGCCAAGGAGCGAGCAGACAGCAUGGCCAAAAAGUUGGAAGAGCUAGAAAGAAUACUUGCUGAGGAGAUCAAGCGCAGGAACAUGGCUGAAAAGAGGCUCAAGCAUGCUUUGAAGAAGUUGGAAUCCUUGAAAAUUUUGGAACUCGCAGGCCAACUGGAUCUCCCCAUGAGUUUGCUGAGUUCUUCGUCCUCGCAUUGCUUCUCGGAUCAUGGGAAAACGGAAGGUUGGGGGCCCGGUUCGCCGGCGGUGGAUUCGGAGCGAUGCGAUUCGCAGGAGGAGGUGAAAGGGGCGCCGAGUCCUUUAGGUUCGGAGGAUCUUCUCAGAGAUGAUGUCUCUGGUAGUUCGUUGGUUGAUUCGCCUCAUCAUUAUGAUGGGAGCUGGAGUUCGGUUAGGACGGCACAAUCUCGUAACAAAGGAGAGUCUCAUGGGGAUGAGAGCAGCAAAGGUGGCAGCCCCCAACACUGGACUGCGGAUGCUGCAAGGCAAUCUCCUGUAGAUGACAACAAGCUGGGCACUGUUGAGCAUCAGGUUGAAGAGGUAGACAAUGCACUGGCUCUAGUUUCAGGAAGCAUGCAGCCCAACCUGGAGGGCUGCAAACCAGUGGACAGCAAUAAUGUUCAAAGUGUUCUUCUUGCCCUAAGACAUGUCAAAGAGCAAUUGCAAUACUCCAUGGGGAGAACUGGUGUCUUCUCUUCCCAAGAGCUGUAUGGCCGGUGAGGAUAUUAUAAGGGCCUUUUCAAUUCCACCGAUCUAUUACAUUUUCAGUAGGUAUUGCGGAAAAGUAAAUGGAAGGCCAGCUGAAGCAGUUUCUCGUAGGGUUUUUGUCUUGGAUAGUUGAUAUCAUAUACUACUAAUAAUGCAUCAAUAUUCAAGACUCAUCCUCUCUGAAAGUGGUGGUUUUCCGAUGCAUAAAAAUGGCAGAAGGUUUGAUUAAAAGCAUUAUAAUC